GUUGUAGGCUCAGCUAUGAUGGCAGCCGUGGGUUGACAUCGAUACAUUAUAGAAUAUAAACUAUUUAAAAGUUAGCGGAAAACUCCCGACACAAUAACGUAGAACAAAUUAACAGUUUUCAGAUAGUACACACUUAAACACACUACCCGCCCGGUUUGGGGAACGUGGCACUAUGCCCGCAGCUACUGUGGAUCACAGCCAAAGAAUAUGUGAGGUUUGGGCCAACAACCUGGAGGAGGAGCUGAAGAGGAUUCGACAUGUCAUCCGAAAAUACAACUACAUUGCUAUGGACACAGAGUUUCCAGGUGUUGUAGCCAGACCAAUCGGAGAGUUCAGAAGCAACGCUGACUAUCAGUACCAGUUGUUGCGCUGCAAUGUGGAUUUGCUGAAGAUAAUCCAGCUGGGCCUCACGUUUAUGAACGAACAAGGAGAAUACCCUCCAGGAACAUCAACAUGGCAGUUCAAUUUUAAGUUUAACCUCACAGAAGAUAUGUAUGCACAGGACUCCAUUGAGCUCUUGACCACUUCAGGGAUUCAGUUCAAGAAGCACGAGGACGAAGGCAUCGAGACGCUGUACUUUGCGGAGCUGCUGAUGACAUCAGGAGUGGUGCUCUGUGACGGGGUCAAGUGGCUGUCGUUUCACAGUGGCUAUGACUUUGGAUACCUGAUCAAGAUUCUGUCCAACGCUAACCUGCCUGAGGAGGAGGUGGACUUCUUUGAGAUUCUCCGCUUGUACUUCCCAGUCAUUUAUGAUGUCAAGUACCUCAUGAAGAGUUGUAAAAACCUGAAGGGCGGGCUGCAGGAGGUAGCUGAGCAGCUGGAGCUGGAGAGGAUCGGACCACAGCAUCAGGCCGGCUCUGACUCUUUACUCACAGGCAUGGCUUUCUUCAAGAUGAGAGAGAUGUUCUUUGAGGAUCAUAUCGAUGAUGCAAAGUACUGUGGUCACUUGUACGGGCUCGGCUCCGGCUCAGCCUACGUCCAGAACGGAACAGGGAACGCUUACGAAGAGGAGGCUAACAAGCAGCAGUCGUGACAGCACUUCUGAAACCCUCCCAUCCUGCGACUCACGUGCACAAUCGGUGCGGUGCUGAAGCCAAGCUUCGCCAACCGGAUGAUGAUAAUGGAAAAAAAACAAGAAAACAUACACACAUCAUUUAGCAAGCUGCUUCUCAUAGGCUCUGCUCACCUAGACACCUGAAUAUGAUGGUCAAAAAAAGAAAAUCCCAGCUGUCCUCACACAUGCCCCUGCUGGCUGCAUGUGUGAGUUUAGUCUUUUAUUCCUACGAAGCAGUGUAGACGUUCUGGUUGGAUCAGUUGUAUCUAACAUGCUUGAAAAGAUGGGAUUUUAGUUUUCCUAAAAAUGUUCUGUAGAAAUGUUUUUGCACUUUAAAGCUCUAACCUGAUUUUAUAUGGAAAGCUGAAAAAAAUGUUUCUGGUGUCUUUCUCCUCUUUGUUGCCUUCUCUGCGUUCCCAUUUAACAUUGAGAACAUAAAAAUCUUUACCAUCACAACAACCGCUCUCACCACGCUCAGCCUUAAUAUUAGCUGCAUUCUUGUUCUUUUAAACUUUAAUUUAUUGUGCUGGUUAUCUAACAGAUGCUAGGACAUCAACAUGUCCUCCUCCUGUUAUUGGAUCUCUUGUAUGAUAAUGAGAAAGGGAGUGUGUUUAUGUGCACAUUAAUACACAUUUCAUUGAAGUUGUUUUUUUUUUUUUGCAUUUGUUUAUAUUAGGAUAAUGUUUAUAAUGGCCUGAAAAAGCUGUAAUCCCACUGUGAGAAGCCUUUAACUAAGUGAUGUAAUCUGCUUAUACAGUAUGCAGAUGGGAAUACAAAAAAAACAUAAUUUCCCUUUGUACUAUUACUAUUUGCUGUUUGUGUUCACCAUAAAGUUAAGGAUAAUGACAUGGAAGGGUAUCUACAGUAUGCACUGGAUGCAUACAGAUGGUUUUCAUCAGGUUAUUUGUGCAUGUUAACGCCCUUUAUUGACACAAGCACACGUGAACACAUGCAUCACCUCUCGGUGUGGUCUUGCAAUUUAUUUCAACCAAAUUAACAUUAAAAAAACUAUUUAAAAGUGAACGCUCACUGCAGUAAGGCAUGCUGAGGUUAACCUGAACUACUCUGUUGAGAGUACAUUUAAUUUUUAGUUGAAAUUAAGGGUUUGUAGAGUUUCAGUGUUGUAAUAAAAGAAGACAAAACUUUUACUCAAUGGAAAAAAACAAUAGCAUUGCCUUUUAAACAUGCGUCUUUUUGUUCCAGUGGAGUUCAUUUCACUUGUAGUUCAGGCCUUUUGAAUGACGUUUUUUAUUGCUUUCCCAUUCAUUCAUGCUGCGUAGAACAGCCGCAUGUACUAAAAUGUUUGAAUAAAUGCUGUGUUGUUAUAGUAGUAUCCUGAACUUCCAUAGGUGUGUGUUGACGUGUAGGUUCAAGACUUCUUUUAACCUCCCUGAGCGUCAAAGACUUGAUAAACACUUUUCUUUCUUUCUGCAGCACAUCAUUCACACUGUAACAGUAAAAAAAGGAAUAUGCAAUAUACAAGAGGAUUGUUUUUAGAUUAUUUUGUAAAUAAAGGCUUGAAACUUUUUCUACCGUAAAA